AUGUCUGAUGAUAAGAUUCAAAAAUUUAUGGAAUUGACCAAUUCGUCAAUUUCAGUAGCACAACAAUAUUUAAAUGACUAUAAAGAAAUUGAUACUGCUGUUAAUGCCUUUUAUGCUGAUCGAUUAGAUAAUGAGAGCAACAAGGCAAACUCACCAUUUAUGAACCCUGAAACUAAUAAUCUCACCAAUGUUAGACCUGAGUUAGGCGGCAAUAGAGGUGCAAAUGAAUCCUUUGGUAGUUCUAGAUCAAGCUCCACAUCACAAUUUGGUGGACUAGGCCAAAGAAAUACUAAUAGUAUUUCCAGUAGAGGUGGAAGUUUAACAAACAGUAAUAGUAAUUCUAGAUUCAUGAGUUUCUCAGAUAUGGUCAGAGGCAAAGCUGAUAAAGAAGAAGAUGAGCACAAACAAAGAACUACAUUCGCUGGUGGUGAAACUUCUGGUUUAGAAAUUGCUGAUCCAAACCCAAGUGAACGUAAUCCAAGUUCUUUAUUAAGAGAUUUAUUAGAAAAAGCAAAAAGAGGUGGUCAACAAUUGGCCAAUGGUGGAUUUAGUGAUGAGGAGGGGACUGGAUUUGGUGUAGAUGAUAACGAAGAUGAAAAAGUAGAAUCAUUUGCUGGAAAAGGUUACAGAUUAGGGUCAUCAUUGGAUGCACAAGACCAAAUAAUAGAAGAUAAUGGAAAUACAUCUACUGGAAAACCUAAAAAGGUAACCAGAGAGAUUACCUUUUGGAAAGAUGGGUUCCAAGUAGGUGACAGUAAAUUAUAUAGAUAUGAUGAUCCUUCUAAUAGUUUUUAUUUAAGUGAACUAAAUCAAGGUAGGGCGCCAUUAAAACUAUUAGAUGUAGAAUUUGGUCAAGAAGUAAAUGUAAAUGUGUUUAAGAAGUUAGACGAAGAAUAUAAACCACCAAAGAGACAACUGGGAGGGUUUUCCGGUGAAGGUCAAAGAUUGGGUUCUCCUGUCCCAGGUGAUAGUAAAGUUAAAUUAAUAAAUACUCAAAGUAGUAAUUUGGCCAAUGAAGCUUCAAAGCCUGAUGAAAAAAAGAAAGAAGACGAAAAGAAAUAUGAUAUUGCCAUUCAGAUUAGAUAUUCAAAUGGUAAGAAGGAAUUAUAUCGUUGUAAUAGUAGUGAUACUGUUGAGUCAUUAUAUGAUUAUGUGGAAGACAACACAGAUGACAAUAGAACUUUCACAUUAAACACAUCAUUCCCUGUGAAACCUAUUGCAAAGGAUUCAACCACCUUAAAAGUGGCCAAUCUAGCUAACUCUGUCGUUGUUCAAAGAUGGGUAUGA